GCAGCCAGUCGCCAUUUCAUUUCGAAGCUGCGUAGUGGUUAGGUCCAACAGCUUCGACCACAACGCUUAAAAAAGAAAAGAAAUUGAUGGUAAUAACAGUCCGCCCUAAGCCCAAUGGAAGCGGCAGUCAACCCACCUCAAGACAGCUCUCUGGUUGGGUUGUGCAGUGGCAUGUUGGACCAGCACUGCGGCUCGGGAAAACGUAUUCGUAAACCCUCCCUGCUGUACGAGGACUUUGAGAGCCCUUCCUUGCCACAUACAAUGACCCAAGCCACUCCUGCCCCACCGCAGCCCCCAGUGAAGGACCCCAUCCGGCCAGUCCGCAUGACGAACCAGCUGCAGUACCUCCAGAAAACCCUGAUUAAGUGUUUGUGGAGGCACCACUUUGCCUGGCCGUUCCAUGAGCCCGUGGAUGCGUACCGACUAAACCUGCCAGAUUAUUAUAAAAUCAUCAAACAGCCCAUGGACAUGGGGACAAUAAAAAAGCGUUUGGAAAAUAACUUUUACCAGAGUGCCGGAGAGUGCAUACAGGACUUCAACACAAUGUUUACCAACUGCUACAUUUACAACAAGCCUACAGAUGACAUAGUGCUGAUGGCCCAGUCCUUGGAGAAGCUCUUCCUCCAGAAGGUAGCUCAGAUGCCUCAAGAGGAAGUUGAGCUCCCUCCUCCAGCUCCUCGAAACAAGAACAGCAGAGGAAGAGGUCGCAAAUCUAACACGUCACGGGCUCAGCAGGUGCCAGCGGUGUCCCAGUCCGCCUACUCACCUUCUUCAUCUGAUACUGGUGAUUCCAUGCUGGCCAACUCUCCUCAGACUGUUCUAACCAAAAGUCUGCCUCCAGCUAACAUCAUGGGCCUGCCUCCUACUCAGCCUACAACUAAGAAAAAAGGUGUGAAACGUAAAGCAGAUACAACCACUCCCUCUACCUUGGGUUUUACUGUUGGCAUGUCCGGAUCAACGCACAUGGUGGGCUUGGGGAAAGGAGGACACGGGGGCCAAGUCCAUGACACCUCUAUGCACACUGUCUCAAUGGGAGGCAUGAGCCUUGAGACCCCACCUGGAAUGGGCCUGGUUAGAAGCUCUGGUGGUCCUGUGCUCCUACAGCCAAUGAUGGCUGGUACCGGGCGCAGGGUAGGCAGCGGACGUCCUAUCAAACCCCCUAAGAAGGACUUGCCUGAUUCUGUCCAGCCUCAGCUUUCCAAGAAAGGCAAACUGAGUCCACAGCUGAGAUACUGCAGUGGGCUGCUGAAAGAGAUGCUGUCAAAGAAACAUGCAGCGUACGCCUGGCCCUUCUACACCCCUGUUGAUGCUACUGCGCUGGGACUUCAUGAUUACCAUGAUAUAAUCAAAUGUCCCAUGGAUCUCAGCACCAUCAAGAGAAAGAUGGACUGCCGCGAGUACAGAGAUGCUCAACAGUUUGCCAGCGAUGUUCGACUGAUGUUCUCCAACUGCUACAAGUACAAUCCACCAGAUCAUGAUGUUGUGGCGAUGGCACGGAAGCUGCAGGAUGUUUUUGAGUUCCGUUUUGCCAAGAUGCCAGAUGAACCGCAUAUGGAACAUACAGCUAUGUCUGUAAUUGGACAUCCAACAUCGUCUUCGUCAUCUUCUUCGUCGUCCUCAUCCUCAUCUUCCUCCACCUCUGAGAGUGAGCCCAGCAGCGAGAGUGAAGAGAGUGAGAGCAGUCUGAGCUCAGACAGCGAGGAAGAGCGAGCACAUCGCUUGGCUGAGUUACAGGAUCAGGUGUGUACACAACUCCGGGCUGUGCACGAGCAGCUGGCUGCUCUGUCCCAAGGCCCCAUUGUCAAACCCAAGAAGAAGAAGGAGAAAAAGGAGAAGAAAGAGAAGAAGAAAAAGAAGAAGGUUGAAAAGCGUAGCCGAAUUGGCAGAAGCAGAGCCGGCUCAGAGGAAUGGAAGAUGCCAGGCAAGAUGCUAAAGAGCAAAUCUGCCAGAGCAGGUGUCUCACAAGUGAAGAGACCACAAGCAAAGAAGAGCAAUAAAAACAACAAAACCACAAAGAAACCUUUCUACCCACCGCUGGCUGCUUCCAUGCUUCCCCACUAUGACUCCGAGGAAGAGGAGGAGAUCGUUCCAAUGUCGUACGACGAGAAACGUCAGCUGAGCCUCGACAUCAACAAGUUACCAGGGGAGAAACUUGGUCGUGUAGUCCACAUCAUCCAGUCGAGGGAGCCUUCUCUAAGAGACACCAACCCGGAGGAGAUUGAGAUUGACUUUGAAACCCUGAAGCCGUCAACGCUCAAGGAGCUUGAGCGCUACGUCAUGACAUGUCUGAGGAAGAAGCCCCGUAAGCCUUACGGUGAGCAAGAAGUAAAGAAUAAAAGCUGUAUGUCUAAAGAGGAGCUGACUCUGGAGAAGAGGAGGGAGCUGGAGAGGAGGCUGCAGGAUGUCAGUGGACAGCUCAAUUCAGUCAAAAAGCCCACAAAACCUAAAGUGGAAAAGCCCAGUGCUGUGGAGACGCACGGCCAACCGUCGCGCCUCAGCGGCAGCAGCUCCAGCUCGGAUUCUUCCUCCUCCUCCUCUUCAUCUUCGUCAUCGGACACAAGUGAUUCGGAUUCGACAUGAGAUCCUAAAAGCCUACAACAAAAGAAGCACUGAUAACUCAGGGACCUGGGCUGGCCCAGGACACCGUACACCCUGAAACUUGUUUUUGACUGAGAAAUUAGCUGAAUUUGUUGUGAAUGUGGGACUAGAAUACGCUAAAUCCCAAACACAAAAUGCCUUGGUUUCUCCUUCCCCUGCUUUGUAAAUACUUGUACAAAUUUAUGUUUCUUUUAUAAAGAAGAUUUUUAAUAUCCCCAAAGAGGGAGGAGCUAUUUAAAAACAAAUGAUAUAAAAAACAGGCUUUACUCCAAAUCUAUUGGCUGGCACUUAAGUUUAUCCUUAAGAGUUGAAGGACUUAUUUUCUCCCACAACUUCUCAAACAAUCCUGAAGUUUGAACCAGCAAACCUUUAUUCACAAGCCUUAGUUUUCUCAAAUUGAGCAUUAGUUCCAGCUUGAUUUUAAGUUGACCUCUAAGACUCUGCGUUAAAAGUUGAAGGAAACUGAUGUUAACAGAGAUCUGAGCUUCCUUCUCAUGUUCCUAGUCCAACAGCAUUUUAGUGGUGAUUAAAAGCAACCAUAUGGUGCUUUUUAUAUUUAUGUAAAAAACCUGAAAUCGAUUUAAGUUAGUUUUUUUAAAGCACGACUUGUUCAUCUUUGUGUUGCGGUGACAUUUCUGCUGUAGUCAGUUUUCAAUCCUGUACAGUAGUGGGUUCAUAGUACUGUAUAGAAUAAGUUUGACAAACUGUAAAAACAACGUUUAGCAGUAAGUUGCACAUUGUUCAGAAUUUGCUGAUUUUUACUGGGAGUUCUAAAACCUCAUAAUUCUAGUUUUCAUUAAAAUAACACUAAAAACCUGUUUACAGUUGUUUUUUUCUGCAAAAGAAAUGGAAAAGCAUCAAAGCUCUGAGUCUCCUGAAUGUUGAAUAUUUAUUGAACACAUCUUUAACAGUGAAAUGUUUUUCAUGGACAUAUUUUGGUUGUACUGCACUUACUGGAACAAGUGUGGCUGCUAAAUAAAACCUAAAAUUGUAAGUUUCCCCUUUUAAAGACUGUGGAAUCCUAACACUACAAAUAGUUGAACCUGCUGUUGAAUGUUCACAAAAAGAAAUGCUUGUAUAAAAUAAUUUAACUGUAUUUGCUGUUUCACAAAGUAUUGUAUUUCUGCUUUCUCAACUUUUUUCCCCUUUUUACUUGUUAAUGUCAUUCCAGUAGUUGUUUACACUAAGACUGCUGACUCCGGUUAAGCUGAUUACUUCCUCAGAGGAAACCCUCUCAUUGGAGUGUAAAUUAUGGUGAGAUAAUCUCUUCUGUAGGACUAAUGUGAGUUUUGUGUCUCUGUUUGACAUUUCUAGUUUGUAUUAAAAACCCAUUGUGCUGGA